AUGCCUAUGUGGAUGGUUGAUGUGUUGAUUAUGCUUACGUUUUCUUUGCUUCCUCCGCUUCUUCUUCCCCACGUUGGGCUAACCCCCUUAUUCUUCAACUGCUCAUCUUCCGUUUUAUUAGUGAUCCAUGGCAGUUCGUCGUCACCCGACGAUCUCAACCAUCGUCGGUUGUCUCCUUCAACAAACAUUCAAUCGGUUAAUCAGUUACCUUUAAAGAGUGAUUUGGUUAGGGAUGGCAACGAGAUGGGUUUGGGACGGGCUUUGGUAAUCCCAUCCCCAUCCCCGAAUAUGAAAGUCGAUCCCAUCACCGACUCGAUUCCCAACGGUUGGGAAUGCGGCUGUACAAAGGAGAAGACAACAUGUUGUUUCAGUAACGAAAGAAAGAACAUAAGCGAGGUUCAGAACCAAGCGAUAAUGUACGGAAGGAGUUAUCAACUCCAUGGAUGUUUCCAUCAAUGGCAACAUGAUGAUUGAUUAGGGCAUGGGUCUUUUAGACCGAAUUCAGAUCAAAGCUUGAGAGGGUUUCCAAGCAGAAUUGUGGCUAUGGUUGAUCAACGAAAAAAAAUGUUGAUAACCCUCAUCAACCGUAAGUAUGAAUGGGAGCUCUUAGACCAAGCGUUAUGGGGACCAUGUAUUGAUUUGAUAUCAUCAACAAUCUCAACAAUGGAUGCUUGUGAUACUAAAGAAAAUGAUGGUCUUCAAAAUGUAUAUAUGAUGUUAGUGAUGCAGAAGCAGAAGAAGACGGAAGUAGGUAAUGAUAAUAUUGAAGAUUAUAUUUGUAACACACCUAUCUCUAUCUCUACUUUACAAGAUGGUGAAGAAUUUCAAACGUCUUUUGAUGAUAUUGAAGCUGAUUCUUUUGAAAAAUCGUGUAUCAGAUUCUCAAUAACACCAAAGAAACGCCAUUAG